GGAGCUGCAUGCCGGGAGGGGCGGAGCUGCUUUAAAUCGCAGCGCCGGGCGGUUCUGCAUCUCAGAGAACUCUGCCACUUCUCGCUUCCAGACUCCGCAGCCGCCGACCCGGACCAGAAGCCAGGAGCCUCGCCCGCAACCGCGCAGGGAGCAGGGGUCCUAGCCAUAACUUGAUCGCCCGAGACCCCGCCACCUUCGGGAGCCCAGGUGUGCACCUUGCAAACUCCGCCUUCUGCACCUGCCACCUGAGCCCGCGCGAGCCUGGGACCGAGCCAUGGCCAACGCGGGGCUGCAGCUGUUGGGCUUCAUCCUGGCCUCGCUGGGAUGGAUCGGCUCCAUCGUCAGCACCGCCUUGCCCCAGUGGAAGAUUUACUCCUAUGCUGGGGACAACAUCGUGACGGCCCAGGCCAUCUUCGAGGGGCUGUGGAUGUCCUGCGUUUCGCAAAGCACCGGGCAGAUCCAGUGCAAAGUCUUCGACUCCUUGCUGAAUCUGAGCAGUACUUUGCAGGCAACCCGUGCCUUGAUGGUGAUUGGCAUCCUGCUGGGGCUGAUCGCAAUCUUUGUGUCCACCAUUGGCAUGAAGUGCAUGAAGUGCUUGGAAGAUGAUGAGGUGCAGAAGAUGUGGAUGGCUGUCAUCGGGGGCAUUAUAUUCGUCGUUUCUGGUCUGGCGACUUUAGUGGCCACAGCAUGGUAUGGAAAUAGAAUUGUUCAAGAAUUCUAUGACCCCAUGACCCCCGUCAAUGCCAGGUAUGAAUUUGGCCAGGCCCUCUUCACUGGCUGGGCUGCUGCCUCCCUCUGCCUCCUGGGAGGUGCCCUACUUUCUUGCUCCUGUCCCCGGAAAACAACCUCUUACCCAACACCAAGGCCUUAUCCCAAGCCGACACCUUCUAGUGGGAAAGACUACGUGUGACAGAGGCAAAGGGAAGAAAUCCUGCUGGAGCAAAUACAAAGUGGACGUUGAAACUAGUAUUGACAUUAAGGCCUUAAACUGUUGACUCUGGUGAUCUGAGCUGUAGUAUAACAAAAGGAAGCAUAUUUUUGUACAUCCCUGUGGUUAUGAGGGGCUUGGCUGUGCCUUACCAUCUUUCCUGAGUACAGGAAGGAAGCCUUUUGCAUUUGAACUGCUGCUUCCUACUGAGAAGUCCUACUCAAACUGGGGAAGGGUGCUCCUUAAACGUGUAUAAAUAUGUAUAUAUACAUAUUUUCUAUUAAAACAUAGACAGUUAAAAACCUCUUAUUCUCCUCAUGUUGGUACCAACAUACUUAAAAUGACUAAAAUACAGACAAUUCCAUAUUGACUAAGUAAGCCUAGUGAUCUAUUUUUCUUUCUUUCUGUGAACAUGUGGUCAAUGAAAUAUCACCCCCUCAUCAGCAGUUAGCAUCCUUGCCCUAAGACCAAACUUCCUUAUCAAGUCUGACUUCAUUCCCUUUCCCAUGUGUACUCUUCACAACAACAUAUUUAAAUUUUUUUUUCUCUGACAACAACUGCUUUUUCAGCCUGGUACUUUGAGGUUUGUUUCUAACUCCUGAAUCUAAUCACGAAUUUCCCAGCCCACAUUUGAAGCUUAAAACAAGUCCGAAUCACUUAGCACAUCCAUUUCUGAGCUGUGGGAGCAAAUCUUCUGGAUAGCUGAUGUUUUUCUGCUGACCUUCCCUCAUGGUCCUUGCCCUUUGGUCUGUAGCCGUCUUGUUUGCUUUGAAAAUAUUUGUUUCACUGAGUGGCUGUCCUGCUAACCCUGUUGUUGAAACAGUUUUAUUGAUUGCAUUUUUCACGUACUUAUUCACCAUUCCAUAUCCUGCCAACUACGUUUUUCUUCUUCGCUCCUCGGCUAUCUUGAUUUCUCACAUAUAAUUAUCAUAUGUUUUAGCUCUUCUCUGGGAGGUGUGGUCUGUUUAUCUGCACGAAGUGCUAGACUUGCAGGAGCGAUAAUAUAGUGACAAAUAUUCUCUCUGUAGCUGUGAGCAAUUUACAGUCUUUAUACCUCUUUUCCCAUCUGUCAAAUUGGGAUAAUUACACUUAACCAGCUGGUAGAGGUAAUGUGAGCAUUAAUUAGUUGAUAUGACUCUCAUUCUUUGAACAUGAAAUAUGCCUAAGUAGUGUUUUUCCUUGCUCAAUUAGCAGUUUUGAAGUCACUGAAUAAAAUCUCCACACACGCCUUCACACUGUUCCGUAUCUUUCUUUUUUCAUGAGACUAUUUCAUCUCCUUCAGCUGUGCCUGGCCUCUUGUUGGUGCUGUUUCAUUUUGACAAGUGCUCUUACUAUUCUAAUCUGUAGGAAAGGCCCUUCAGCAGAGCAAGAUGAUGUAGUAGAAAGUGUUGACAUUGACAUUUUGAGACCUGGAUUUGAAUCUUGGUGCUAUCACUUAAUGACUGACUCGGGCAAAGGCACUUGGUUGCCCUAAAUGUAUUGCUACAUCUACAUAAGUUCUUUAAUUCCUGCCCUGACUAUGUCACAGGAUUCGAGAGGGGACACAUGCAAACAUGGUUUUAUGAGGUGAAACAUGUUGCUCUAUAGUCAUCAAGGAAUUUAAGUUAAUAGGUUUUGUGGUUAUUUUUUAAACAACUGGAAAGAGAGAGUUGUUAAUUGGGUCUCUUUCCUUAAGAAGUCUCACAAUGAGCUACUAAAGCUCACUAAGUUAAACUGAUCUUGUUUUUAAAGUUUUUGUUGAGACAGUGUCUCAAUCUGUGGCUCAAGCUGGCCAAGAACUUUUGUGUCAUCCAGAGAUUCUUGUGCAUCAGCUUCCCAGCUGUUGAGAUGAUAUGCAUGAUUCCCCUGCUCCCCACGACAUUACAUCUUAAUUUCAUCAGUCUGUAACUAAGUAAAUGUAAUGAAGGAAAUUGACAGUGUGGACACUAAAGGAGUAUGAAUUGCUCUUUGUGAAGUGAUACUUUCAAAGUUGGAUAGAAGCCAGCAGUUCUAGAAGAGAUUGAGAACAUUUAGUGGUAAAACCACAUGGAGAAAGUUAUACAAAGGAUGGAGUCAUGUGGACUUGAACUAUGUAUGUUUUACUGUAUUUCUGUGUGUAAAAGUAAUCAUACAAAGAUCUUUUGCCACAAUUCUGGUAAUGUAAAUGCAUACAAAUAACGCUCACCAAACUACACAGAGUUCUAUAUUCCAAAAUAAUCCCAAAGAAGUUUGAUGUCAGAACUUACCCAGAUCUGAUAUUUUCAAACCUGGAAACAGACCAAUCGAUAUUUGGGGGCUCUGAUGGGAAUUUGUAUAAAGCAUUACUCUUUUUCAAUAAAUUGUU